AUGAAUCCAGAGAACAUAAUCCGAGCUUUGGUGUCUGUGCCCAAAAAAGGCUAUUAUGAUGCUGAGGAUUUUCUUGAUCUUUCAUAUGUCACCCCAAGGAUUAUUGUGGCGGCUGGGCCGUCAGACAACUUCGUGUCGAAUAUAUUUCGCUCACCUGUAGACAGAGUGGUGUCCCACCUCAAUCGAUACCGGUCAGGCGACCAGGCCCAUUGGCAUAUUUGGAACUUACGGGGAGAAGGUUCCGGGUACUCUGUCAACGACAUACCUGCAGAAUAUUGGUCCUAUUAUCCCUUUCCAGAUCAACAGCCUCCGAGUGUAACAUUUUUAAUUUCAAUUACCCGUGAGAUUAGCGACUUCUUCCAAUUAUCGCCUAGAAAUGUUGCCUUGAUACAUUGCCGUGAGGGAAAGGGGAGGUCAGGGACAGUUUGCUGUGCGCUUUUGAUGUACGAGGCCAAGUUGAAAGGAAUAUACAUGUCCGUAGACGAGGCGAUUGCUAUGUUCACCAGAAGACGCAUGAGAAAGUAUUUUGGCCCUGGUGUACUGAUAUACAGUCAGGUCCGAUAUCUCUCUUACUGGAAGACUUAUCUCCUGCUCUCCGACAAUAUGAUCAAGAACUAUCAAGAAUUCGACUCCCAUGGUAGCGUUCCAUUCGAUAUUAGUCGGUCUGUAAUCACCAAAAUCACUGUUAUCAGACCUACGCUGCUUCUUGUUCUUAGCAAGUUUAAGAUCCUCACAUAUACCGAAAAGGGAAACGGAUUGGAAGAGGAGCUCUUGCGUACGCAAAGUUUGGGGCUACCUCAUAUUAGCGCAAACACAUCUUUCUUGGACGUACCAAUGAAUAUUCCAAUCACUGCCCAUAUGAAGGACAUCAAGAUCUCUUUUGAAAGACAGUUUUGUAUUGCAUACGCGUGGUUUAACUUAUUUUUCGAGACGUUGGGUGAUUCGAAGAGACCUCUUCCUCAUCAAGGUGCUUCAUACAUCACUGCAAAGCGUCUAGUCUUGCCGUGGGAACUGUUUGAUGGUACUCGCGGCUUUAAAGUUAAUUCAAACUUCAAGCUUUUCGACAGGAUCGAGAUCCUGUGGGUCUAUCACUUCCCCAAAUCAUGA